AUGCUAUCGUCGAGAUGCAUCACAAGAGCAGCGCUGACCCUACCACCUGACGCUCCCCUGGAGAGCGUCCUACCCUUCCUUUCCCAGACCCGAACAAUUCAACGCGCUUUCGCUAGCACGCAAAGCGACGCAAGGCCCAGGACGAUCACCAGGAGGAGACGUGCGACGAAUGACGGGCAAGUUCCGCCGCGUGAAUCCGCUGUCCGCUCAUCGGCUGGCCGCUUCGACGUAAAGCUGGGUGCCGAGGGAUCGAAGGAGUGGAUGCGAGAAAAGAUUCGUGCGGACGAUGGACAUGCCGGAAUUCGCAGACGACGUGCAGCGCCACGGACAACGGAGUUUCGAGAUGGGUACUUGCCCUUUGAGGAUGGAACGCAGGGCAGCAGUAUCCUGGACAGGGUGGAUCGCGGAACCAUGACGCCGCGAGAGCUCGAGAUCUUCGAAGAGCUGUUGCGAAAAGGUGCACAGGUGAAACAGCCUCAGAAAGAACCUGCCAGCCGCAGGAAGACAUCAGAUCAAGGGUACAGGCCGGACAGCAAACGGUAUGGCGCUUCUGCUCAGGAUCGCCCCGGAGCGAAGUUUCCUGAAGCUAUCCGGCACCUGGCAGAAGAGUCGGCGGAGCUAAGGCAAAAAGCUACCGCAGUUGAUACAUCUGCUGAGGAAUACCAGGCGAGUGUGAAGUCGAUCAUGGAUCUUGCAUCCACAGACGCAGAUGCUUGGCGGAUUCUGGAGGACCAUGUCUUCCAGACGCUUAGAGCCAUCGGACUGGAUUCGAAGGAUCAAGCGGCUCGAGAUGAAGAGAAGACGAGAGACUUACAGCUCCUGACGAAUACGCUGCCUGAUCUUUUACUCCAUGUCAUGAGAUUAAUGGACAAUCGCUUCCCUAGUUCACCCUAUGGACUCGCCGUGAUUCCCGCGCUUAGAAAAAUUGGACCGUCAGCGUUCACACUAGGCGCCACAACAGACCUGUUCAAUGAGCACAUGCGUAUAAUCUAUCGACAGUACAGCGAUGUCGAUGCUGUUGUCGAAGUACUGUCGGAGAUGGAUAAGGAGGUGUAUGACUACAAUGCAGACACGAAGGAUAUCAUUCAAUCCAUCUUCACGCAUGCGAAUGUGGCAGCAAGAGGGCAUCUGGGCCCGGGGCUACAGGCAUUCUGGUCAACUGACCGUAAGACUCGCUCGCUUGAGAAGCUCAAACGAUGGGUAGGUACAAUAGAGUCAAGAAUCUAUGAGGCCGAGGUUAGGAGAGCAAUGAGCAAGGCGGCUGAUGGGCUCGUGGGCGAUGAAGAAGAAGAAGAAGAUGAUGAUGAUGAUGUUAGCGAGAGGUUGGCUAUAGCAGACUCCGCCAAUAGCGUGUGA